AUGAAUACUCCAUGUGGACGACAAAAUUACAAGGAUUUGAUAAACUUUUAUGAGCGUAAGACUGAUGAAGCUUUACAUAAAGCUACAAAAUAUAAAGAGUUGUUAGAGAGGAGUUACGCAAGUGUGAUCGAAUCUCUUGAGCACGCUAUCGAAUAUCUUGAAAAGGAAAAAGCCGUAUGCAGUGAUGACGAUAAAAAUCGUGCUAUACUAAAUGUACGUGAGAGGUCUCUUAAAAGUCAGCUUCAGAUAAUGCUGCCCUACCGAAAGCACUUGGAUCCACGCAAUCUGAGCAAACACAUUAAUGACAAUUAUAAUUCUAAACCUUUGAAUAUGGCUGACACCUUUGUCUUUCUUGAUCAUCAUCCUCCUUAUCCACUGUCCAAUUCACCUUCUUUGAAAAUGUGCCCAAGAAACAAGGAUGAGCAAUUUGAGGAGUUGCAAGUUCGGAUUGUUGAGUUGGAAAGAAUGGUUGACCAUCUCUCCCGAAAAUUGGAGGAAUCAGAACGCCGUGCAAGAGCUGAAGAAGACGCCCGCUUAAUAGCUGAAGGUCAACUGCUUAUGUUGUCCUCACAAACUCCUGCAAUCGCUGAUGCAAAUUAUCGUGAACUUAUGACUUCCAUGGAUUCCCCGCCCUGUUCUCGACCAAGUACGUUUGCUUUGUCCUUUGACGACGACCAGGUGAAUCAUCAUGAAUAA